UAACCCGCGGAACCGUUUCUUUGCCUCGAUUCCGCCUUGAGUGACGAGCUCUUUUUCGAUAACCCGAUCGCCACGUGGGGCGGUCUCGGGGACUGAAAAUUGAACAGCACCGCGGAUUAAGAAAAGUAGACGAGCAGCAUCAAGAUGUCAAGGCCGAUCCUGAGCAGGCCGCGUACGCGCGUCUAUGGGUGCAAUUACGACAAGGGGGAGUCGUAUUACAAGCCCAUGGUGGAUCACCUUGACCGGAAGUACAGCGGACGUCCUCUCUUCUCGGAGCCGCGAAAUUCCCUAGCCGACGAGAUCGCGGCCCGGCGAACCGACUUCGGCACCCGCGACCUUGCCGGCUCCCGCAGUGGCUCCUACGGCCGUGACCUUGACCUCGAAAUCGACCCUCGCCCCCGCACCCAACCCCCGACCGACCCCUUCCUCGACGACGAGGAAACCGUCUUCGACAGCCGUGGACAGCGGACCCGCCGCAAGUUCGCCGACGACUUCGCCAGCGAGGUCGCCUCCACGACGCGCCGCUUCAAAGCCAAGGUGGCGGCCAUCGGGUUCGACGAGGACCUGGAGAACAACCGGCGUCCGCGUUUCGAGAUCGACGACAAGUUCCUGGACAGCUUUGGAGCAAAGGCCAAGACGGCACUGGAAGAGGCCGACAGCGCCUUCAAGCGCCGCUCCAAGUUCCUGGGCGAAGACGACGGCGCCGAGGAGAAGCCUUCGCUGUCCAGGUGGACCAAGCUGGUGGACGAGGACCUGACCGGUGCCGCUGCUAACAGGGCCAAGCAGACCAAAGCCAGACUCAACGACUUGGAGACGGAGAUGGAGGAGAUGGCCGAGAGGCAGGCCAAGAGGGAGAGGAGGGCCGCUGCCCUUAGGGCUCUGGUUAACGAGAACGUCGCCGCCAGCGAGGAUCUGCACCAGUCCAUCAGCAGCAGCAAGAAGGUCUCCGUCAGGGCAGAACGGGCCGAGAAGCACGUCACCUUCUAAUUUACUCGUUAGUCAUCCCGAAGGGUUACGGAUAGCCUUGCUUCCGAACUCAUGACGAGUUCCUCGAUAGUUUCGGAGCUAGGGCCGGGUCGAUGCCGAUGGAGAUGGGAACGCGUCGGAAGGAUGAUGUGGACUUUGCAAGGUGGAGAUCCGAUUGGUACCGCAGGUGGUACUAACUAGUACCGGUGGUGGAGCGCGGAACUAUGAUUAACCGUUUCAGUCCCAGGGAUCAUUGAGAAAACACGGUUGAAAAAUGCCACACAACACAAUAGCGGUGUCUUAAGAUGAUAUGAAUGGCGCUGGGAAAUUUACUCGACGUCGAUAUAUUAAAAUUCAUCUAAAUCCUUUCUGGUGGUAACGUCAUUUUGAAUACUUAAAGGGUAGCAUAAGCUAAUGCGUCACGUUAUCGUCAUUUAUAUUUAUGUUGAGUCCUUUACAGUCUACGUUGAGAAUUAUACGAACCGAAGCGCUCCAUAUAUCAUUGCGGUAAAGUAAAGAUGAAGAGAUCGAUGUUAAACCGUCGAAAUCCCGGGAAUUCAUUAUUCUAACGACUGUUUAGGACCAGCGCCGCCAUCUGUGACCUUUAGUUGGAACUAAAUUUUUCCUCUAAAAACACGCGUUAG